AUGCUGGACUGGAUGAAGGGAAAUGAGUCAGAGGCUGCUGAUGCCUCAAAAGUGCUUGAACCCCCCGAGACCCCAGCUCCCGUCUUUGCGAUUCGCGCCUUCAAAAGUGCUUUGUUUGGAACCCCAGGCGCAGACGAUGAGAAGACACCCCACCCAGCGCAGGCAAAACAAUCGGUUCAAGGUCAUCAGCGCAGUAAAAGCGAAACCAAGCCCAUGCCCAUUCCCAUUCCCCAGAAGAUGGAGCCCAACAAACCCGAUCUGGACGCGAUAGCCAACCCGUCUGGCUCCCCAACAAAGAGCAUCCUCGUUACCCCAGGCACGAUCUCGAACCGACGCAAGACUGUCUCUUUUGGUGAGAGUGUGGUGGACAACGAAGGAAAGCGCGACAGUCACUCGCUCAAGGUGGUCAAGACACCUCCGAAUCCAUCCGGCAAUCUUAGCACUCAGUGGUUGUCCGGAUCGGCUGGUGGAAAGCCACACAGCAAAUUGACGCAGACCUUAAUGGAUGCCCGCGAUAAUGCGACGAAGAAUGCGGAUUCAAGCAAAACCGAAGCGUCGUCCGAAGCUUCGUCCGAUACCAACAUCGCUAUGCGCCAGUCUAAAGAUGAAAGCGAGGGAGAGGAUAUUACGCUCAACAUGGAUGAGCCCCGUUCUGAUUCGGGCAAGUACUGGAAAACGGAAUUCGAUAAUUAUCGCGUACGCACGAAUCGCGAAAUCAAGAAAUUAAUCCACUACCGGGCCAUCGCGAAGUCUUACGCCCGCAAGAAGGAUUCGGAAGCGGUUCGACUGGCGGAUAAGCUCAAGGAGGAAGAGGAGAAGGUUGCAGAGAUGGAACGACAAGUGACACGCCUUGCUUCUUCGAUCACUAAACAGGGAUCCAAGGCCGAUAAUGAGCAAUUGAUCCAGAAUUUGACAAAGCAAACCACCUUAGCGCUACAAUACAAGCAGCAGGUCUCUUCCCUACGUGCUCUCCUGGAGAAACAAGGGGUUGUGAAAGAUGGCACGGCUCAGGUUAGUGAGCCAACGAAGGAAAACUCCUCUUCAGAUACGUCUUCGGAUGAGCUCCGGAAAGCGCAGAAGGAACUCAAGGAAGCAAACGCCAAAAUCGAAGAGCUGAAGCGCCAAAACCCGGACCUGAGCAAGCUUGAAACUCUCGCACAGAGCUCAGAGAAGAAGGCGCAAGAGCUGGAAAAGGAGAAUCAUAGCCUUAAACAAACCCUGGCUCGUGUCAAGCAAGAGAUGUCGCGAUACGAAGGCCGGCGCAAGGAGAAAGAGAACAAGUUAAAGCAAAGAGAAGCCAAACUGGAAGCACGCAUCCAGGAAUACCGCGAGCGCCUGAAGAACACCACGCAAGAGCAUCGACAAUCAGAAGAAGCACUACGAAAGAGCUUCGAUGACGAACGCCGCCGCAUGCAAAGCCAAAUCGACCAGCUAAAGACAAGAGUCUCAGCCGUAGAACGCGCCCCUACUCUCCGCUCUCAACGCCAUUCGCUCAGCCCGCGUAAAGAAUACACCGGUGUGCAGGUAUACGAUUUUGCAGGUCAAAGUCAGAACCAGAACCAGAACGAGAACCUCGAUCACCCCGAGGUAGAGGAGGAAGCCACAGAAGAUAUUGAGGCACCACCAAGCCCAAGUCCGCGUUCCAAGUCCCGUGAAGUGCGACACGCGCGCAACACCACCGGUAGCCUCGAGCUCAAACGCGCAUCCCAAGAUAUCCGAAAUAUCGCCACAAACGACGACGAAGUCACACACUACCUAAACGAGAUCCUGCCCCGUCCAGCUCUCCGUACCCGGCAUACAGAGGAUGUCGUCCCUCCUUCCUCGCCCCCUGAUAUCAGUGCAUUCAAGUCUCUUGGCCGUGGGAGCUCCAAGUACCAACCUGGUGAAAACCGCACAUACCGUUCUCUCUACCUUCGUGAUCCGGAUGCAAAUACAAAUACAAAUACGGCAUAUGCAAACUCUCACCGCCCGCGAACACAUAUCAGGUCUACUUUGGAUACUCUCUCCGGACCGACUGCUUCACGGGUGGGUAAUUACGCUGGAUACACCAUUUCUGGUGGAGAGCGGCUUGGGAGACGAUAUGGGUUGGCUAAUGUUGCCAGUGAAGCCUUAUCCCCCGAGCGAGUUGCCGCGGCCAAGUCGCGGCUGAGGCAGAAGCGUGAAAAGGCGAAGGCCUCGGGAAAAGAGAAUUUAUGA